CCUUGUUAACAUCAACUAAUGACUAACCUUAAUUUUGACCUUUUUAUUCCUUUUUUGUUGCUAGAUUUUUAAAGCCUCAAAAUUGACCGGUCACUGAAUUCCGGAAGUGCUGUUUAUCUCCCCAUAGAUUGAGAUAUAAGGAGGAAUGGAGAGACAUGGAUCUGGAAGUAAAUACAUCCGAAGCUCGGGUCAGUACAUCAACAGUUACUUGCAAAGCAUCGGAUCAGGCAGAGUAUAUGGCAGUACCAGAGGCAACACUAGAUUCGAGUCAACCCUUGGACUUGGAGUCAACAGGCAACCUAUUAACUCUGUCAACCGGUUCAACCUUCCUUUCCCUUUGGCCUUGGCUUCGGUAUGUUGAUGAAGAAGCAGAUGGAUCAAGUAGUUAUGGUGAUCAAAUAGACCCAUCAUUGGUAUCCACUGUUAGUCCGUUAGUAUUAACCGAGUCAGCAUUGAUCCAAGGUGCUCAACCUGGACCCAUAGAGUCUCCACAUUUCAUUGACAGUAGGGAUAAAAGUGGUAAACAGUUUCCAUCCAGUGCAAUGGAACCAGCUUGUACCCUUACCAAGUCCAAUGUGAUUGCUAUCGAACCGUGUAUAAAGCGUCCCUUGGGUCGCCUAAGAAGUGGCUCAAGUGGAGCACCAAGGUUUAGUAAUAGUGCAACCGGGGAAAAGGUGAAAGGAGGUCCAGCUGAUAGGAGAGCAAGCUGUGUAAAUCGGGUCGAUUUUCCUCCUUCGUUUUACCUCCACCGUACACGACGAUUAUCACGUAAGCAGCUUUCAUCUGAACGUGAAGGUUCAUCUUCAUCUUCAGUUUCUGCAGAACCAAUCACCAAUCCGGACCUGCCUUAUCCUGACUACACUGAACUUUCAUUUCGAUGUCUAAGUCAAUAUUCACCAGUUCGUCGAGUCUGUCUGGCCAUGAUUUCCAAUCCAUGGUUUGAGCGAAUCAGCAUGAUGGCAAUCCUGUUGAACUGUAUAACUCUUGGAAUGUAUCAACCCUGUGUCGAUGAAGUUUGCCAUCGGUCACAAUGUAAAGCUCUUCAAGUUUUCGAUGACAUGAUAUUUCUCUUCUUUGCUGCUGAAAUGUUCAUCAAAAUGACUGCCAUGGGAAUCAGAGGAUCAAAAGGAGCUUAUCUAUCGGAAACUUGGAAUAGACUUGAUUUUUUUAUUGUCAUUGCAGGUGGUCUAGAAUAUAUCAAUUUGGUUGGGAAUAUCAAUCUUUCUGCAAUUCGUACUGUUCGAGUUUUACGUCCAUUGCGAGCCAUCAACAGGAUUCCAAGCAUGAGAAUUUUGGUGAUGCUUCUUUUGGAUACUCUUCCUAUGCUAGGAAAUGUCCUACUUUUAUGCUUUUUUGUAUUCUUUAUUUUCGGAAUUAUUGGUGUUCAAUUAUGGGCUGGACUGUUGAGACAACGAUGUUUCCUUGAACUACCUGAAAACAUUACACUGCCCGACAACUACAACAUGUCAACAUAUUUUGUUGAAAAGAUUAAAUCGGGCGAUCCAAUAACAUCUCAUUAUCAGGUGAUGGCUGACACAGAAAAAGAUUACAUUUGCAGUCUUGAUAAGGAUCAUGGUAUGCACAGGUGUGAUAAUCUUCCUUUGGCUAAAAUUGGUAAACAAGAAUGUUUGGGUGAAGCAGUUCCCUUCUCUGAUAAUAAACCCAAUGAAACUUGGUGUGUUAAUUGGAAUCGCUAUUAUACCAAAUGUAAACAUGGAGAUAAAAACCCUUUCCAAGGUGCAAUGUCAUUUGAUAAUGUUGGAAUGGCUUGGACAGCAAUAUUUCUUGUUAUCUCAUUAGAAGGUUGGACAGAGAUAAUGUAUUAUGUUCAAGAUGCUCACUCCUUUUGGGAUUGGCUUUACUUUGUUUUAUUAAUUGUGAUUGGUUCAUUUUUCAUGAUAAACCUAUGCCUGGUUGUGAUUGCAACUCAAUUUUCUGAAACCAAAAAAAGAGAGUUGGAACGAAUGAAACAAGAAAGAGCCAGACUUGCUUCAAACUCCAACAGUUCCCUUGCCAGUGGAUCAGAGUCGGAACCAACCAAUUGUUACGAUGCAAUAAUUAAAUAUUUAGCUCACCUUGGUCGUCGUGCUAAGCGAAAAAUGUGGCGCUAUUAUAGAGAAUAUCGAAGGCGUAAACGGCGCUUAGGUAAACACGGAACAACUCAAAGAUUAGAACCUUUGUGCUCUCGAUUAACACCGUCUGGGGCAACUCGAACCUCCGACAAUGGUAAUCGAUCCGCUUUUGUUGUGAUAGCAUCACAUUCAGACACAGAGUGUUUCGGCUCAAAAGACUCUAGAAGUUGCAACAAUAACAACAAUUGUAGCAACAGCGCCAACAAUAAUUCCAAUAACAAUAAUAAUUCCAAUUUAAUCCAUCAUUCACACCGUAAUCAUUCCCAUGGUAAUCAUCAUGGCAAACACUGUCAUCAUCAUUACCACCACCAUCACCAUCAUCACCAUUAUCAUCACAAUGCAAAACAUCAUCGAAAUCAUCGUCAAUCUUGUAAACACAGACACAGUCAUUCUGGCUGUUCAGACCAUCCGUCAUGUUCAAAUCUUGAUGAGGGAACUUUGGAAACUGAUAAACUGAUAAGUGACAAGGAACGAAAUUUAACUUUUAAAUCUGUGGAAGGAAAAAAUUCAUUGGCCGUUGAUGAUCAACACCAGCAAUCUUGUUCAAUAACCUCUUCUUGUGAUAGCAAUUGUGAUAAUUCUCGAACAAUUAUUCACAGCACCAAUUCCGACACAAAGUGUUCAUCCUCAUCAUCAGCUGUAAAUGGAAAUACCGGUAAAGAUGAUAAUCAAGAAUCAAAGAGUUUAUCAGAUAAUCGAUGUUUAACCUCACCGGAAUCAAAGCGACGCCUAAAUAGUCAUUAUUCGUCCAUUACCAUGAUUACACCAAAUGUUAAUGAAUGCAAUGAGAUGGUUGAUGAAUCCAUUUCAAGUAGACCGGUUCAAGUCAAUUUGAUGCAACAAUUGCCAAACAAAUUCAGCAAAUCGGAUCAUUUAAGAUUCCAAAUUCCAGAUCAUCAACAAAUAGUAAACUACAACGGAAAAUCGGACAAUUUGGUCAAUAAUCGUCAUUCUCAUCGUUCACAAUCAAAGUCUCCCACAUUAGCAUCUACUCCUGCCUAUCCAUCAACUCAACAUCUUCCCUUGUCGAGCAAACUGAUUGCUUACCAGCGGUCAACAUCCCGCCAUUGUUCAGCACCAACGUUGACUUUAUUUCGUUCCCAGGGAAACAACCUUGGAGUGCCAUUAUCAAGCUCAAAGUGCUUUGAGUCAACAUCAGAAAGUGUUGAUCGACGGCCAAGCAAAGGACAAGCCAAUAUCGACUCAUCUUUGUUACCCUCACAAGCUCAACACUAUCAGCCUCACAACUCACACCAAGGCCAAGAAGUCAAUGUUAGCGAUGCAAGUCUCUUCGUUUGCAUGAGUGGACUUGAUGGUUCUCCAGGCUGUGGUACCAAUGCCGCCAUCGGGCCAUCUGGAAGUCCAAGUAAUUGUAAAGAACGAGAUGGAUCUCGAUGUUCCUGGUCCGGUGGAACAGAUGAUGAGGCUGAUGAUGAUGUAGCCACAGAUGAUGAAGAAAACUCUUUGGAUUCACUCGACGAUGAUCAAGUCUGCGAAUGUUGCAUCGAGUCUCGUCUUUUAAUCUGUCUACGUUUCGUUCGUCGUUACCUUCGUCUACUGGUUAACCAUCGUUACUUUCAACGUUUCAUUUUCCUAGCAAUUCUUUUCAACACUCUUUCCAUGGGAAUCGAGUAUCACAAUCAGCCCGACGAGUUGACACAAGCUCUUGAAAUGUCCAACCUCAUCUUUACCUUUCUCUUUGGCAUCGAAAUGGCACUUAAAAUCCUAGCCGAAGGAUGCUUCCACUACAUUUCCGACGGAUUCAACGUUUUCGACGGAAUCGUCGUCCUUGUAAGCAUUAUGGAGCUCAUUGAAGACUCUGGCAGUGGCUUAUCAGUUUUGAGAACCUUUCGUUUGUUGCGAAUAUUAAAAUUGGUUCGUUUCAUGCCAGCAUUGAAGAGACAAUUGGUUAUAAUGCUUCGAACCUUGGAUAAUGUUGCUGUUUUUUUCGCUCUUCUAGUUCUUUUCAUAUUCAUUUUUAGUUGCCUUGGCAUGCAUCUUUUUGGUGGUAAAUUUUGUUCCAAGCUUGAUGGUAGCCCAUGCUCUUGUCGGGACAUUUUGAAUAAAAACCUUACUUGUAUUUGUGAUCGUAAACGUUUUGAUAAUUUUCUCUGGGCCUUGGUAACCGUUUUCCAGAUAUUAACUCAAGAAGAUUGGAAUGUAGUUUUAUUCAAUGGCAUGGAACGAACUACUCACUGGGCUGCUCUUUACUUUGUUGUCCUAAUGACUUUUGGUAAUUAUGUCCUUUUUAACCUUCUUGUUGCUAUUCUGGUUGAAGGAUUCUCUCAAGAGAAAGAUGAAGAUAAAAAGGACAGUUUGGAUGGGGAAGAUGAAGAUGAUGAGCAAGUCAAAGAUGAAAAGUUAAUUUAUUUUUACAAUUCUGGUGACAAUCUUGAAAAAGAACUUCAUUUAUUAACAAAUCCUCCUGGAAUUACAUCGCGAUUUAGAAAUAAAGUGGACGCUUCGACUGAACAACCAUUCCAAGAGACAAAUGCUCAAUCCGAUUUUAGCUCAUAUUAUCCACCCAGAAUUAUACACACUGCAGCCACACCUCAAGGUUCACCUGGACCACAGGAACUAUCUUAUGGUCAUAAGCACCUUAAUUUGUCAAGUUUGGCCCUCAAUAGUCAGCCUCAAUUGAAUGUUGAAAAGUCACAGUCCAAAUUUGAAGAUCAUACAUCUUCGAGUAGUAUUGGACGGAAGCUAAGUACACUAACCUCCCUGAUGCCCAACCUGAUUCCUGGAACACCAUUUCGUUUGUCUCCUUAUUCAACAAUCCGUCGACCCAGCAUAAGUAAAGUUGAUUAUCCUGAUCGAUGUUAUGGUUCUUUGGUUAGUCCUCCUAUUGUAGUUGAAAGAAGCUCACAACCAUCGACUGGCAAUGAACAAGAAUCGCCUGGAAUAGUGACAUCAUCAAAUUCAUCGAACAUUCCGGGAACAUCAUUUAUCUUUCCCCCUGAAUCUCAUGAUUCCAAUUCACUGUUGACAGGCCAACAGUCAACUCUAUUCAGUGAAAGAUUGAGUGAACCCUCAACACUAUUAACAUCAAAAACAGUUUGUCCGCGAAAAUCAUCACCACAAGUGAAUCUAAUUGUUCAAACUCAAGGAAUCAUUGAGGAAACAAGUGAAAGUCUAACUUCACCAAGUUCAUCUCAAAAUGAUUUUCCACCGGUAAACUCAUUGAAUGCAACACCAGAAAAGAUUGAUGAAACUCUAAUGAUGGAUCAAAAUGAAAAUAGUUGUCUGGAAAAAUCAUUAAAUGAUUCAUCAUUUUCACCUUUACUACAACAAAGGCAACUUGAACAACAACAGUUGGUUGAAACAAGUGAAAAUCAAUAUCAACGUGAAAAUCAAUAUCAACGUGAAUCAAUUGAUAACCAAUUGACUAGUCAAACAAUUAAAUCCCUGCGUAAACACUAUAAGGCAGGUCUAUUAAGUUCAUCAUUAGCCAACUCAAAUGUUUCCUUUAACCAAACCGUUCCAAUUAAUGAUAAUGUAAAUCAACGUAAAACGUCCACAACAACCUCACCGCCACCCUUUUCAACCUCAACGGAACCCUUUCCAACCCACAAUGAGACCAAACGCAACUCUUCGGGACCCAUUCUGGUAACACCAAGAAGUUCACUUAGCCUUAAAAGUCCCAAUGAUUCCGUUUCAACUCCCUCACCGGGCCAUUAUUCGGGUGACAAAAGGUACUCCUUGAUCCACGAGAUUAAAGCCCUCAGUCUGGGUAACUCGUUGAGCGGAGUUUUCUAUUGUUCUUCGCUGAUUACCAGAAAAUAUUCAUCUGAAACUGAACCAGCCACCGGCUCUGUGCCCGUAGAAGCUCCCAUUUGUAACCAUUCCAGUGAACCGGCAGCACUUGCCAAUCGAAACUCAUCAUCGGGUUUACCCGAGUUUAAUCAAGAUUCAAGUGAUUCACGUAAAUCGGUUCGCAUUGAGGGCAAGUGUGAGGUCAACUUGACAUCGCCUUCGAGACCCUUGUUGAGUGGAGUAACAACGACAACUGAAGUCACGAAAAGCAAAGACUCAAAUGGUGGGUUGUCAGCCACUUCGGGAACUGGUUAUUUGGUUUCACCUUCGGGUCCAACGAUUGGCUCUGGUUUGGGUUCCAGAGGUUUUCAGGAGCGUAAAUUUUGUGCCUACUUUAAAUGGUAUGACUGGAUGUCCAAGCGAGACAAUUGUUCACUGUUUCUGUUUCCACCCAAUAACAAGAUUCGUAUCAAUUGUGCCAUCAUAACUGAACAUCGGUGUUUCGAUUAUGUUAUACUUAUAUUUAUAUCUCUCAAUUGUAUUACACUUGCCAUGGAGCGACCCAAGAUACCACCUUGGAGUAUCGAAAGGGAACUUUUAACGGCGGCCAAUUAUCUAUUUACUGUUGUCUUUGCUCUUGAAAUGGCACUCAAAGUAAUUGCCAAUGGUCUUUGGUAUGGUGAUAAAGCCUACUUCAAGAGUGGUUGGAAUGUUAUGGACGGUAUUCUGGUUGGUGUUUCCCUCUUUGAUCUUUUCCUUUCCUUUAUUGCUCAGAAAAGUCCAAGAAUAUUUGGUAUUCUCAGAGUUUUUCGUCUUCUCCGUUCACUUCGACCUCUAAGAGUCAUCAAUAGAGCGCCAGGACUCAAGCUGGUUGUCCAAACACUAUUGUCAUCCUUGAGGCCAAUCGGAAACAUCGUCUUAAUUUGCUGUACAUUCUUCUUAAUAUUCGGUAUUUUAGGCGUUCAACUAUUCAAAGGUGCUUUGUUUUACUGCGAAGGUCCAGAUGUGAGGUUUGUUAAAAACAAGACUGACUGUCUAAGUGACCCUCGGAAUCGUUGGGUCAAUCGAAAGUACAACUUUGAUAAUCUCGGUCAAGCACUGAUGGCACUGUUUGUGCUCUCUUCCAAGGAUGGUUGGGUCAACAUAAUGUAUACUGGGUUGGAUGCUGUUGGUGUCGAUCAACAGCCACGUGAAAAUUACAACGAAUGGCGUUUAUUGUAUUUCAUCUCCUUCUUACUGUUGGUUGCCUUUUUUGUCCUUAACAUGUUUGUCGGUGUUGUGGUUGAAAAUUUUCAUCGCUGCCGAGAGGAACAAGAGAAAGAAGAGCGUGCCCGUCGAGUCGAGAAAAGAGCACGAAAAUUGGAGAAACGACGGCGAAAAAUGAGAGAACCGCCGUAUUAUAUUGGUUAUGGUCCAUUUCGAUUGAAAACUCAUAAUAUGGUGACAGGAAAAUAUUUUGAUGCCAUUAUAGCUGGUGUUAUCUGUUUAAAUGUAAUAACCAUGUCAUUGGAGCAUUAUCAAAUGCCCUGGGAAUUGGAAUAUUCCCUGAAGAUGUUCAAUUUUGUUUUUACCUCGGUUUUUGUUUGUGAGGCCUUAAUGAAACUUUAUGCACUUGGAAUCCGUCGUUACCUCAAAGAUAAAUGGAACCAAUUGGAUGUUCUAAUUGUUAUACUGUCCAUUGUUGGUAUAAUUUUGGAAGAAAUGGAAUCAGAAUUGAUUCCAAUCAAUCCGACCAUAAUUCGGGUUAUGAGAGUGGCGCGAAUCGCGCGUGUCCUUAAACUUCUUAAAAUGGCCAAAGGAAUGCGUGCCUUGUUAAACACUGUUAUGCAAGCGCUUCCCCAAGUAGGUAACCUUGGCCUACUUUUUUUUCUAUUAUUUUUUAUCUUCGCUGCUCUUGGAGUUGAAUUAUUUGGUCGUUUAGAAUGUGAUGAUGAUCAUCCAUGCCAAGGGCUUUCAGAACAUGCCCACUUCCAGAACUUUGGAAUGGCUUUUUUAACAUUAUUCAGAGUUGCCACGGGAGACAAUUGGAAUGGUGUUAUGAAGGACACUCUACGAGACCAAUGUGACUCUUCACGAGAUUGUUUACGAAAUUGUUGUGUAUCUCCUGUUAUAGCACCUCUUUAUUUUGUUAUAUUUGUUUUAUUGGCUCAGUUUGUUUUGGUCAAUGUUGUUGUUGCCGUUCUAAUGAAACACCUGGAAGAGUCUCACAAAAACAUGGAAGAAGAUGAAGAUUAUGAGAUUGACAUGGAGAUUGCAAGAGAACUGGCUGCUGAAAAGAAAGCACUGGAAGAUGCCAUUGAAAGAAAGAAACGUGACGAUGAGCUUAGAAAGUGUAAAUCAGCAUUUCAUCGAGUAGCUUCACUUCCAGCCAACUUUAAAUUUCACUUUGGUAUCGAUCAAAUGAUAGGGUCAGAUGAAGAGGAAGAAGGUCAAGAUAAUGAAGAGCGACAUAACUUGAUACCAAAUAGUUUCAAUCGGGAAGCAAGUUGCGAUAAUCAAAAUGUGUAUGAAGCUGAUCAACUCCGUGGUUACAAUUUAAGAUUUUUGGAUAAGAAUUGCGACUAUACAAGUCAGGAAAGACAGAAUUGGCGGCAUCCCGUCAGUGAAGGUCCAUUCAUACAAAUAGAUACAAUUGAAGACGAUAAUGAUAAAGAUGACAGAAGAAGGUUGUUAACUCGAGGAGAAGGUAACAAUACUCUUUACAGCGAGUUAGCUGGCCCUGGCUUGACAACACCACGUAAAUUAUCUGAUGUUACCAUAGUUGAUGAAGAGUCAUCUCUGCUCACUCAAUGCCUUUUACCUUCAUAUCCCGAAUUAGCUUUAGAAUCGGACGCUGUUUCAGUUGAAUCAAUAACAUGGACUGGGGAAGCAAGUGAAAGUGAAAAAUCGUUAAACUCCCCACCAUCUGGCUCAGAAAACCAUCAAGAACAAGACUUGCAGCAACACCGGCAACAGUUUCCACUCCAAUCUCAUAUUUCGCCAGCGCCUACAUCAUCUAAACCAAGUAUUCAACAUGAGUCAUCAUUGUAACAAAAUUCGAGAAAAAACAUGUCAAUAUUAGAAAAAGAAAAUUUACUCACAAUUUGCAUCUAAGGACCAUGAUUUCAUUUCAAAUUCACCGUUUAUCUUUUACCAACAUCUCGAGUUAGCGGUAUUUUACAGUAAAUUGUAUUCCUCAUUCCAAUUCAAUUUCCAGCAAAGAAAAAAUUUCCAUUCAAAAUGAGACAAUUAUUGGAACAUGAUAAAUUUGUAAAUCAAAAGUAUCUUUUAAAUGAAGACUUGAUCUUUUUCUGUGAUAGCUUUGAACUUUUCUCAUUUCUUUGUCAAACAACAGAAACAAAAAACUGCAAAAACACGAUGAGUAGCAACUUGAUAAGCAACUAAAAUUGAUUCAAAGUUCAACAUAAACAUAAUAGAGUUGAACGAUGAUAAAUUGUUAUUAACAGUAACAAUAUCGAUAGUUAUCGAUAUUUUUGGGUAGACAAUAUAUCGAUAGCAAAUUGAUUUAACAAUUGUAAGUUAAUUUGCAUUUUUGUUUUAAUUUUUAGGAUCAUUUCUUUUUUCAUUAAAAAGUGCCAUUUUGUCCAAAUGUUUUCGACAAUAAUACCAAUAAAUUUACGAUCAACUAUCGAAAAAUUGUUUCGUGUUAUCGUUCAACACUAAAGUUCAUUGUUGACCAGUUAUUACCAGAAACCAGAUUUACCAACAUUAAUAGUUCAACAGUUGUAGAAGCUUUAAAUAUAAAUCCUUUUGUUUCUUUUUUAAUCAUUAUCCAUGGAUAACCAAAAAUUGUCAACUAGCAGUUCAAUAGAAACCAAAAAUUACCAAUUCAGUUGAUCUUUAGAAGAGAAUAGCUGAGCACAAAUAAUGUUAAAGAAUAAAACCAUUAGCAUAAUUACCCAAACAAUAAA